UUUUAACUUUCCUCAAUUCAACCAUGUCGUGGAGUGAAAGGAUGGCCACGGUGUUCACCCUCAGCACUCUCUUUAGUCUUGUUUUUGUUAUCAUGGACCACAAAUGGAUCAAAUUUGAGACUGAGGCACAGAUUUACUACAGUGGCCUUUGGAAAGUCUGUAUAAAGCUGGUGUGCCCCAAUCUUGCUGCUUCUGCACCCAACCUCAAUGGUGCCAAGACACUCCUGAUAAUGGCUCUUUUCUCUGGAUUCGUUGGGGCUUCAUUUAUGAGCAUCACUUAUCGCUAUUCCACCAGUUCUGCAACAUACCAGUACUUGGUGCCUGCCGUGGGAUCUUUCAUUGCAGCUGCCUUUGUGUUUCUCGGCCUAAGCGUUUACACUAUCCGGAUCUCCACACACGGUGCCAGCAGAACAUCUGCCACCUCCUAUCAGUGGCCUUUCUACCUGGCCUGGAUCACUUGUCCCUUCUUUAUUUUAAGUGGUUUUCUGGGGCUUGUGGCUCAUCAGCAUAUGUUGAUGCACGGAGCUGUUCUGUCCGACAGAGACAGUGGGGAAUCUGUCACUUCAUCCAUCUGGAGCUCAGCUUCCUCCUCCUCUCAGUUUUGGGAUGAGGAAGAGAAGGACAGCAAACUGCAGAUCGCAAGGGCGUGAGGCGGAUGGCUUCAAAGAAAUCCUGUGAGAUUCUGAAAUCACAAAAUGGCCUCUCUGACGUAUAUGUGUGUGUGUGUGUGUCUUAGGGAUUGCAAGGACUCUGAAAGGAAAUCUUAAUUUCCCCUUUUGUUAACAAUGUCAAACCUACGUUGAAUAGUU